AUGGUAGAUGCUGACGCACAGGACACUGGUCCAGAGACUAGCGCACAGGAUAUUGGUGCACAGGAUGCUGCAGAUGAGCCUGAGGGAUUUCCUGGUAGACCUAGGGACCCAUCAGUGCUUACAGAGUAUGCUGACCAUGUUGCGGCCAACGCAUGGUCUGAACAAUUGAAGUUAUCCUUCCAUGGGAGGAAGAUGCAUAACUUGGGCAGGCCUAUUCCUGCAAUUGAUGACAUGGUUGCUGGGACAGGAUUAAGUCCUUUGAUCGCGUGUUCGAUAGACACCAGCGAUCGGGGACUUAUAUCCUCCUUUGUCGAGAGGUGGCAUCGGGAGACUUCUAGUUUCCAUCUUCCUGUGGGGGAGGUUUCGAUCACGCUGGACGACGUCGUGUCUCUUCUCUAUUUGCCUAUCGUUGGCGCAUUCCAUGACUUCCAGCCUUUGCGUACCGACGAGGUGGUGGUGCUGUUGGUUGAUUUACUGAUGGUCUCAGCAGAGGUGACCAUGGCCGAGAUAGGCGAAUGUGGUGGACCAUAUUUACGCCUGUAG